GAUGUGUUCAAAGCCUGUGCACUCGUCUGAUCAGAGAGGAAAGGUUGGCGAGAUUAGGCGUCGGGUGAGGACAUGCUGAGGCUCCCACCCUGCAACGCACACGCAUUCAACUCUUCACCAUGGCAGCAAUAGCGGCGAUCCGUGCAGUCUUUCUCUCCCACACUAUUCUAGUCUUCACACCCCGGCAGGCCGUAGCACACAACAUCCAGAGGACAUCCCCAAUGGCCUCUCCGACCUACGCUGAGCUCGCAAGCUCCCUCUUCGUCAACCAAAUGGCCAUUUUAGAGUUGAUGCACAAUUCUUCGAACGCAUCCUGUGCCGCUGCCAAUGUGCGAAAUGAGAGUGACGCUGACAGAGAGGCAACAAAGAGGCUGGAGGAGAUGCUGGGGACACGCAUGGACCGAGUGUUGGCGGCGCUGGAAGUUCAGCAGCGACACACGCAGCAGGUGCUCGACGCCCUGAACAGCACCGCCAUGGACACACUGGCAAAGGUUGAAGAGGUGCGGGAGGAGAUGAAGGAGGAACUUGGCAAGAUUGCUGAAGAUAUGCAGAUGUCCGCCACUCAGACGACAGAACAGCCGAAAGAGGAAGAGGUAGCAGCUGUUACAGAGGUCGCUCAUUCCGGACUAAUAGUGCACAACGACUCGCUGCCAUCCCUUUGCAAUGGAAAUAAAAUCCUUUUUGGCACAGUCGGAUCAGUGGAGGUGGUGGAAGGCAGCACCUACUCGAGUGCUGUUACGUGCUCUUGGGACUUGAACUUUCCGGUAGAAUCCUCAGUGAGCCUAACCUGGGGAUACAUCGACAUGGAGAACCAUUCAUCCUGCAACUACGACUGGGUGGAUGUAAGACACAAUUCUCAAUCUGUGUAUGGGAGGAAGCUGUGCGGUAGUCUCAACUCGUCAGUUCUUCAACUUCUGAACCUGACUCUCCAUAAAAUCAACAACCUAAAAGUCUCCUUCCGUUCAGAUGGCUCCAACGAGAAAAGAGGCUUCAGGCUGUUCUAUCGCACCUACUGAUGCUUGUGCAAAUUCCGCAAUUCCAUUGUUGUUGGGCAAGGGACGCUACCUGUAAGCAGAACACUUCAGUAUUCAGAAGUGGGUUCAGUCAUCUAACAAGCGGAUAUAUAUAUAUAUAUAUAUAUAUAUAUAUAUAUAUAUAUAUAUAUAUAUAUAUAUAUAUAUAUAUAUAUAUAUAUAUAUAUAUAUAUAUAUAUAUAUACAUAUAUAUAUAUAUUGAAUUUUCGACCUUGAAAUUUUUGUUCAGCUUAAAAAUAAAUAAAUAAACAAAUAAAUAAAAGUUGCUUCACACGUUACGGAUUUGAAUAAUGUUGCGAAUGUGGUUCAGCCUCCAUGUAUCCUUCUAGACAUUUCCAGUUCUCUCUUUUUUUUUUUUUAUCAAUUUUCAUUACAGUUCCAUAUUCUUCCUCGUAUUUUUUUUUUUUUUUUUUUGCUCUAAGAGGUAUAAUUAACUUCUGUAUUAAUUAUAUUUUCCUUCAGUGUUUUCGUAUGUUUUAGCAAAAUCUGUUGUUUUUACAGUAGUUCCUUUACUGUGACAAAUGUUACCUAUUAUCUUAAGAAAUAAAAUAAAAUUUUGAAAUUCUUGUUCUUCCUGUGAAUAAUCUUUGCACAUCCUUUCUUCUUCUUUUUUUUUCAGUAUAUGUAUGAAUGUAACAUCAUUAUCGAAAAAAAAAUGUGGGUAAAGCAAAUCAGGGUUCAUUUUCUUCAUGCUUUGGGCUCUUACAAAACUAUUUUCAAUGACUACUUCUCGUAUGUGUAUUUCCUGUUGACGGCGCAACAUCUUUGUUAAGCUAUUAUCAAAAUCCAAACCACAUCACUGGUAAAUGUCAUGCAAAGGUAACUGGUUUGUCCUCAUAAGAGGCAUUGAUAAUUGGAAUUAAUCCAUUCAUAUAGAGGUGACCACACGAGCGAUAGAUAAAUUCUGAUAUAUUUUUGAAGCACCGACAACGAUGUCAUAAUUCAGUAGGUGGAGUUAUAAGGUUCCCAGUGAACCUUCUAACCCAGUGAAACGAGGUAAGCGACGCAGACAAAAACUGAGAAAACUGGAAUGUUCCGCUCCGUACCCAGCCGUACUCACACCUGCCUCACUUCAACUCUGAUGAAGAGAGGAGCUGAUAAGACGAAAUGCUUUUGAUUUCACCCUGUCUAGAAGAGCGGUAUGAGUGGAACCCCCAUACAUGUGAAGCGCACUCCAUACAUAGACGGAUAAGGCCCCUGUACAGAGUUAGCAGCUGAGGGGGUGAGAAAAAACUGGCUUAGACGACUUAAAACGUCCAACUUCACAGAAGCUGUUUUAGCUCGAGAUGAGAUAAUAUUACGAAGUUUCAAUGUAAGAUUAUUAGGUAUUAUGGAAAGCAAACGUUAAUUAUAUACAAAAUAAAAUGUAUACGUGGAUCAAAAACAACAAUUCAUAAGAUAAACGAUAAGUUCUUAUGAUCUUAUGCUAUAGCUUAGUUUACCCUUAUCUUCAUUACUGCAGUCUUGCCUGGAGCUCUGUAAUAAGAACUGUCAUUCAUUCUUUGAUAUUAUUACAGAAAAAAAAUGUUAAAAUUAUUUCAGUAGCAGGAUGCAAGGCCCACACUGAUUCUUUAUUUCCAGAACUCUCAAUUUUCAAUCUGCAUGAUAUAUAUACACCUUGGAAAUGCUCAAAUUUAUAUGCAGUCGACUACAGACACCAUGUGUUGUAACUUCCGAAAGAGUUUCCAGAGUACACAAUAAAAAUCUCCUAUGACUUCCACAACCACGAUCUGAAGCUCCCAAAAGAUUUGUUAUAUAUUCUGGAUGUGUUAAAUGGAGCAGUUUGCCAGAAAACUUCAGAUCAAUAGAAAAAGUUUUACAUUUAAACUGAAAGUAAGAAAAACAUAUACUAUUUAACAAUUACUUUUGAAUUUGCACAUUAUUUUAUAAUAUAUUUAUGUAAUUAUGUAACUAUUAAUCUAUUAUGUUUGUCAUAUUAUAUACUUACGGUUGACGAUAAUAAUGUUUAGUUACAUCUACAUUUGUCACAAUUAUAAAUGCAAGGCCACUCACUGGAUAUGUUUAGUGGUGUACAUCUCAGAUGGUAUUUUAGAGUAAUUUGAUUAAAAGGAGCUCUUUAAAAAAUUAUCACCCAUUCUAUGAGCUCUGCCUUGAAAUAUUAUUUUGUUGAUGUAUCUUUUGCAUGCAUUAUACAUACUUGACAAAUGAAAGAUUUUGACGUUGACUUUGAAGAGAGAGAGAGAGAGAGAGAGAGAGAGAGAGAGAGAGAGAGAGAGAGAGAGAGAGAGAGAGAGAGAGAGAGAGAGAGAGAGAAAGCAA